AUGGGAUAUAUACCAGGUGGAAAUGAAAAAUUAAAAGAAAAAUUUCGAAAAAUUCUUUCACCAAUUCGACAAUUUGAUAAACCAACAUCAUGUUAUGAUUUUAUUUGUGAUUCAACCAAAGAUAAACAUGUUUUCUUUUUAACAACAUCUGUUUUUGCUGAAGAAGAAUUUCUUCGUAAAAUAGCAUCAUUAACAAAUGUUUCUUUUAUUUAUGUUUAUGAUCAAGAUAAUAAACAAUUUACUACAAAUGAUAAAAAUCUUUUGGAAAAAAUGGGUUCACAACGUCUUAUUCAUUUUGAUGAAAUUCUUUAUGAACAAUUAAUUUAUGAUUUAGCUAGAUUUUAUAAAAAUCAAGCUGAUCAACUUAUUCUUGGUAAUCAAUCAAAACAAGGUAAACAAUUACUUGAAUAUGCUGUACAAUUAAUUGAUACUUGUGAUGAUCUUAAUCAAGAUUUACAAUUAAUUCAACAAGAUUUAAAGGAAAAAAUUCAAAGAGUGAAAUAA